AACAAUUCUUUGUUAGAACCUAUGAAGAGCAUCUUGUUGCUUAGUUUCAAGGAUUUGCCAUAUAGAUUGAAGCAAUGCUUUCUAUAUUGUUCCCUUUUCCCAGAAGAUGAGGUGAUCAUAAAUCGAAGGCUCAAUAGAUUGUGGAUCGCUGAAGGAUUUGUUGAACAUGUCAAAGGGGUAACACUAGAAGAAGUUGCAAACAGCUACGUUAUGGAACUCAUUUUUCGUAACAUGCUACAGGAAAGGUAUCGAGAAGACCAACCAGCAUGUAAGAUGCAUGAUCUUAUGCGGGAGAUUGCUUUGCCUAUAGCAGAAAAAGAAAAGUUUUGUGUCGUUCUUGAUGGGAGUGAAACAAUGGAAGAAACCGGGGCCCUCCGUUUGUCAAUUCAAACAACUAUUGGAGAAAUUGGACCACGCACAGGUAUGUCACGGCUUCGUUCUUUUCUUGUCUUUGCCACUGGCAUAUGCUCAUUCUCUUUCUCAAAGAAAUUGCCUUUUGACUCUACAUUGUUGAGGGUUCUAGAUUUGGAGGGCGUCCCAAUUGAUCGUCUGCCAGAUGAACUAGCGUACUUGUUUAAUUUAAAAUAUUUGAAUUUGAGAAACACUCGAAUUAAGGAGCUUCCAGAAUCCAUAAGCCAGCUCCACAACCUUCAGACCUUGGACCUCUUGUGCACAGAUAUAGAGGCACUUCCAAUAGGGAUUUCCAAGUUGCUAAACCUGCGCCAUCUCUUUAUGGGCCAUUCCAAAAUUGGUUCAAAGUACGUUGGGGUAAAAUUACCAUCAAGUAUUAGUAAGAUGAAGAAAUUGCAGUCUUUAUUAUUUAUUGAAUCAGAAGGAAAUAUUAUUAGACUUAUUGGAAAUAUGACCCAGCUUACGAUCCUUGGCAUUACAAAUGUCAAGGUAAGUGACGAGAAGGACCUAUGUGCCUCAAUUCAAGAGAUGAAGGUCCUUUCCCACUUGUAUUUAUCGGUAGCAGAUGGAGAGGAAUUUCUUCGAGUUGAUGCAUUGUCUUCACCGUCAUCCUACCUUGAUGGACUUGUCUUGAAAGGCAAACUGGAAAAAGUACCACAUUGGUUUUGUUCACUCCAAUGUCUCACAUAUUUGCAUCUGUGUGGGUCUAAACUUGAAGAAGAUUUACUACCUCAUAUUGAAGCAUUGCCCUCUCUACUUUCGCUUCACCUUAGAGAUUCCUAUGUUGGAAAAGAGUUGUGUUUCAGUAGAGGCUUUGUGAAGCUUAGGUAUUUGAAUUUGAGGGAUCUCUCAUUAUUAAAUAAGAUGACUAUAGAGAAAGGGGUGAUGCCAAAUCUGGAGUUCUUCGGCAUUUAUAGGUUCUUGGGAUUAGAGACAUUGCCACAGGGUAUUGAGCACCUUACUAAACUAAAAGGAUACACAUUUGAAUGUGUUUCAAAGAAAUUUGCAGAGUCCAUACGAGAAGGAGGUGUGAAUCAUGCAAGGAUGCUACUCGUCGACGAGAGAUGUAACAGAUAUACAAUUCCUAGCUCCGCCAUUUGCCACAAAUAUUGUUAUCAGUAUGAGUGCCCAGAAUCUGCUGGAAAGGAAGAAUCUAAUUAUGCCGAAUCAGAAGUACUUUUGAUGGCUUGCAUUGAGGAGAAGAAACUAAAACCCGCUGUUUGGUACCUGAAUUCUGGGUGUAGCAAUCAUAUGAGUGGUAACAAAUCUCUAUUCUUUGAUUUAAAUGAAGAUUUUAGAGAGCAUGUGAAGUUAGGAGAUAAUUCAAGUAUAUCGGUAAUGAGCAAAGGGAACAUUCAAGUACAGAUUGAUGAUAAUACUGUGUAUAAGAUUGCUAAUUGA